UCCAAUCCGGCAAUAGCUCGAGUUGAGCGCUUACUGCUGCUGCCCGUACUAUAUAGCAUCGCACGCAUAUACAGUCUCGUUUAACCGAGUGCCUACUGCCUAUAUACUGUUAUCCCAAAAGUACAUGAUACUUCUCCGAUAUUGUCUCGAAAAUCUUCUCUCUCUCGUUGAUACAACAUAUAAUACGCGACAUUGAUAACGCGCGCAGAGCUGCGAAAAAGCUUCGAUCCGAGAUCUCUCUCUCUCUAUCUCGUCGUGUUAUAACAAAGGAUAUUACGACGACCCCGCGCCGACGAGUGUGAUUGUAUAUCAUUGAGCGCAUCCGAGCUUUUGCGCUGUCGACGACGAGAAGUCAACCUCGCACCAAGCAGACGAGCCCCCCAGCCCACGCACGAGGAUAAAGAGAAGCAUCGUCGUCUCGAGCGCGCUUCCACUACGGCUAAGGAGACUAUACUCUCGGCAAAAGCUUCGCAUCUCGCGCAGAAGUAAAGACUCUGUGUUUGUUUCACGAUGAUGACCGAAACAGUUAUGAAUUCUAACCAUGUUUUAAACUCUAGUCUUGCUUUGAAAGCAGAUAUGGAAAAAUUAGAUGAUGUUGGUUGGAAGGCCAAACUAAAAAUUCCACCAAAAGACAAACGUAUUAAGACUAGUGAUGUAACAGAUACAAGAGGAAAUGAAUUUGAUGAGUUUUGUCUGAAACGUGAACUUCUCAUGGGGAUUUUUGAAAAAGGAUGGGAGAAGCCUUCGCCAAUUCAAGAAGCGAGUAUUCCAAUUGCUCUUUCUGGUAAAGAUGUUUUGGCUCGUGCUAAAAAUGGAACUGGUAAAACUGGAGCUUACUCAAUCCCUGUACUAGAACAAGUUGAUCCCAAGAGAGAUGUUAUUCAGGCUUUAAUUAUUGUACCUACUAGAGAGUUGGCAUUGCAAACGUCACAAAUCUUGAUUGAACUAGCAAAACAUAUGGAUGUGAAAGUCAUGGUUACCACUGGUGGAACUAACUUGCGCGAUGAUAUCAUGAGAAUUUAUCAGAAAGUGCAAGUUAUUAUUGCAACACCAGGAAGAAUUCUUGAUCUCAUGGAUAAAAAUGUUGCUAACAUGGAAUACUGUAAGAUUUUGGUUCUUGAUGAGGCUGACAAACUUCUGUCACAAGAUUUCAAAGGAAUGUUGGAUCACGUUAUUUCUAGAUUACCACAAGAACGUCAAAUUUUGUUAUAUUCAGCAACUUUCCCUCUAACGGUCAAGCAGUUCAUGGAAAAACACUUGAAAGAUCCAUACGAAAUUAAUCUUAUGGAAGAGUUAACAUUGAAAGGUGUAACACAAUACUAUGCUUUUGUGCAGGAACGUCAAAAAGUCCAUUGCCUGAACACGCUAUUCUCCAAGCUACAAAUCAACCAGAGCAUAAUCUUCUGUAAUACAACGCAGCGCGUUGAAUUAUUAGCAAAGAAGAUAACGGAUUUGGGAUAUUGCUGUUAUUAUAUUCACGCGAAAAUGGCGCAAGCGCACAGGAAUCGCGUAUUUCAUGACUUCCGUGCAGGACUUUGCCGAAAUCUGGUUUGCAGUGAUUUGUUCACGCGUGGUAUUGAUGUUCAAGCUGUCAAUGUUGUGAUUAACUUUGACUUCCCAAAAAUGGCUGAAACAUAUCUGCAUCGCAUUGGUCGUUCAGGAAGGUUCGGUCACUUGGGAAUAGCAAUCAAUCUAAUCACCUAUGAGGAUCGUUUCAAUUUGCAUCGCAUUGAACAAGAGCUUGGAACUGAAAUCAAGCCGAUUCCAAAAGUUAUUGAUCCUUGCUUAUAUGUUGCAAGACCUGAAGAUAAUAGUAUUUUAGAGGAGGGUAAUGUGUCCAAGUAGUUCUACAACUUCAUCAAUAUCCAAAUUUCAUAAUCACUCGAAGCUGCAUGAAGUGUUUUAAGUGAUUGUGCCCAAAAAACUAAAAAAAACUUUGGAGUGUGACUGAAAGCAUACCUCAACAAACUUUCUCAAAGUGGGGUAUAAAACAUUUUGUGUUACUUAAGUCUGAUGGUUUAUUGAAAACGAUAAACAUGUGUUUAUUGAAGUGAGGCGAUGAAGACUUUCAACACAUUGUUUAUCAGUGCUACCAAUUACAAAUUGUUUGAAUAGGCAAUUUGCGUAGUUUCAAAGCAAGGCAAAAUCAUGAAGAAUAAGUAUAGUCUAAUAAGCAAAGAAAACUACUACUUGUAAAUAAGGUAUUACUGAGCAUGAAAAUAAUCAUUUGCACUUGGUAGACUCAGUGAAAGAAGUGAUUGGAGUGCCAGUGCGAGUCAUUCUUUGUAUAUAAAUACAAUUAAAUGUACAUAUGCUAUUAUAGUGCAAAGUCAAGCCACCGUCAAAUACUACAACACAACCACAAUAUUCAUAAAGAGAAAGUAGAAAAAAACGAACGGUUAAUUGUAAAUUCUUAUACAGUAAAACAUGAAUGUUAAUGUACAGUGUCAAAUAGUAUUUAAAAUACUAUUCUGACACCCAUUAUACAAACGUGCAUGCUAAAAACUUUAAACUUUGAGUUUAUAAUGAAAUUAAAUUUGCAGUCAAUGCAUGAGUGAAUGACUUUAAAGAAAUUAAUCAAUUGUCGAUAAUCAAUGUCAAUCCACAUAAACUCAUUAUGCUAUACUUUGCUCUGUAGCAUAACAAAAAACUGAAUUAUAUAUGAGUGGAGAAGGAAUAUGUAUAGCGUGUAUCGCCGACCGUGACUUGACUCUGCCUGCUUAAUACUGUCAACACAACUCUGAAAUUCAAUCGAUUUUUCGUUCUACACAACGAGAAACGAGAUAUAUAUUUUGAUCACUGCUGGAAAAGCUACUGAAAAAUAUUUUCCUAAAACACAACAUCAAUGUACUUCUCGUAAUCGUUACUUUUCCGAAUUUUUAGAAAUCUCGAUGAAUACGAAUCAAUUACUAUCGGGUUUUUAAGGUACUUGAGAUUGAGUGUCAGAGAUUGUUAAAUCGACUAGUUUUAUAUAAUUAUUUUUAUAAAAUAAACCAUCUGGCUGGUGGGCAAUAUCAAAUUACCAACAUUUAAUGUGAACUGAAAAGCAUCAAAAGGCAUUGCGAGCGUAAUAUGUAAAUUUAUACAUAAAGUUUGGUUUCUUGAAGAUUUCAUUUCCUUGUGAAUGCAAAAGUGGUUGAAAGCAGCGAAUUUGCUUUCUAAUCGUUCAAAACUUUGUAUAAUUUUCUGCUCGAGCGCUAUUAGAAUCAACGUUCAAUUUAGAGUUUUUCUUACAUUUUUAAUCCGAUUUAUUAACGCAGUCAGUUAUUAUUUUGCAAUUUACUCAAAGACAUGCUCCUACCGGAAAAAUCAUUUAUCAAAAAUUGGAGCACGCGAUACGAAUUCGUGAAUACGAGUGAUAAAGCUGAAAAGAGAAAAUAACGAAAUAUUAACUCUUUCGUCAAAGUGACUGGUCUACUUUCUAUUCGGUCUUGAGAAACUCUCUGAUAGCGUUUGAAAAUUAUCAAAAUAGGGUGGAAAACGGUUCAGUCGAGGUUUAAGCUUAAACGUACGCAAGACCUAUUGAUGCUGAUCAGAUACACAUUUUUAUAGCAAAACCGAUAUAAUGAAAAUUGAAAAAGUUAAAAAGCAAACAAACGAGCUAACCGAAUCCAGAAUUACGAUUUUAAUCUAAGAAAAAUUUAAUCAAAGGUCUUGAAAAAAUAUUCAGUGUUCAAACGACACUUCAUCCGACCAAAAUCGAUUCAAGUAUUUGUUUGCAAAAAGAAUGAAUUGCAUGAGCCUAAAACCAGCCACGGUGACCUAGGUUUAAAAAGAAACGUAAGAGAAAAAAUAAGAACUAUUGAAAGAGAAGCGAGUCGUGCAUAAUAGCGAGCCACAUGAUAAUAACUACUCACGACCAAAAUCGAUCGAUUAACUUCUUUUUCUUGUACAAAAUACUGAAUGUUAUGGUCUUUUUUCUCUGGGCGUUCAUUUACUUUUUUCUCUUCUGUUUUUCAUCGUUUUCGCCGUGUGAUACUCGAUUUUUGUCGAGGGGCUUUAAAUAAGAACGGUGAAGAUGAAUAAUUUUUUCCUAUUUAUUACACAUAUAUAAUAUUUGCGCGAUUUAUAGACUGAAGAACGGCAAGGAAUGACUUCGUGCUUACGCGAAUGAUGAUAUUGUGAUUUAAUGAUAUACAUUAUGUGCAGAUUAUAUAGUAACGUGUUUCGAUGUGAAAAGGGAAGAAAGUGUGAAUACCACGAUGAACUUUAAAUGCUUGAAUACGAAUUUUGCUAACGGUACCGCAAAGCGAAAAGAGCGACCCCAAAAAUUAACGUCGUGCCCGGUGUACCACGAAAGAAAACGACUGCUCCCAGUAACUUAGACGAAAUCGUGUUCCGCAAAGCAAAGAUUCGCAUCUCUAUUGUAAAUAUAUACAUAAUUUACUAACGAUUAUUAUUAUAUAAUUAAUAUUAUACGAUGCAUAUACAAAACUAACGAACGCAAUACACACUUAUACUCUUGAAUGAAAAAAAAAACAAUCACGCGUUGGACCUAAGACUGUGUACAAAACAAAAAUGAACGAACCGAUUAUAUAGAAAUAUAAUAUAUUGUCGUAUAAUACGUACAAGUAAAUAUAAAAAAAUUGAAGUUCAUUUCGAGCCGUUCAUCCGUCGAUCGAAAUAAGCGCACGUCGAUGGAAAAAAGCAUGAAAAUAACACUGAGAAACUUUAUAAUCCAACUUGAUGAUUCUCUAACUCUCAAACCGAGCCUCCGAUACAAACAAAAAACGCACUUGAUAUACAAAUUGACGUAUUGAAAAAAAAAUAUUUAGAGAAAGAGAAAUUUCGUCGAGUUCGAUGCAUAAAUCAGUUUCUCCGCGUCCGAAAUUUCAACUAAAAAUGUGUAUACCAUCGCGAUUGAGUGAACGAUUUGAGCGAAAUGAGGUCAAACAGCGCAAAAACGAAAGACCGUUGUGUGUUACGUUUAUAACGAUAAAUUGUGAAAAACUUUCUAUGAAUAUGCGAAUGAAUGAAUGUGAUCUUCGACAUUUUGUAUAAAUAUUGUAUAAGAGGUGUGCUUGAGCUGCGGUAUGCUUGCCUAUCUUUCGACUAUACCUGGGUCCUCUGUGUACUCCUGUAGAAUAACCCGACCAAAUGCAUAGUUUCCAUCUCCUCUCAACUUUUUCCUGUUUACCCAUCCAUUUAACCGUUUCUUUUUUCCACUCCUCUUUUAUUUACACCAAUGAAGUAUGCGUGACUGUGUGUAUUUGAGCGAAAUAUUAUUAGUAAUAACUUGAAAUUGCGAACGAAAUUAUUGUAUUGUUGACUUGAAUACGGGUGCAGUGUGUCAUCCAUUUAAAGCGGUAAAAAUAAUUGUUAACAUUUGCAAAGAAGCAUCUCAAAAGCUCGCUAAACAUUUUGUACAAAUAAUGAUCAAUUGUCAAUGAGAGGUGUGAAAAAAACGCUUUUGUACCCGUAUUAGAGCCGCACUUGAAUGCAAAUAUCGUUCAUGCCGAGAUAAUGUUUUAUUUAUCUCAGCCGUCGCUGUUAUUGUUUCAACAACAACUUAUGAUGAUACGAAAAUGAUUGUCAUUUGUGUACGAUAACAUCAGGCAUGAGAUGAAAAUCGUGGUCUCAAGCGUAGACCGCGUUUUAUCGGAUUUUUAAUUGUCAAACAGCUUUGUUAUCCGAUGCCAAAAAAGUUUUGCGGGCAACAUCGGCCCUGCACGGCGUAUCACUCUGACUAGAUACGCAACAUUACAGCUGAUCGACAGAUAUGUCGAGAUAGCCGUUAAAAUCAUCCAUCACGUACGGGUUAUAUCGAGCUGUACAUACUCGAUGUUUUCUUUUUACAUCGUACGCGCGAAAAAGUCGAUUUGCAUUGUUUGAAGUUUGACUAUGAACAUGUGGGAUCCAAACUGAAAGAAAAGGUAGCUGGAAACAGUUGCAAACUCGACUUUUUCGUUGUAAUUUUAUGUACGCCAGUUUCUAAAUCGCUUACUCGUUUGCAAGGUGUGCCCAAAACAACAGUUCAACUCAUCAGAACCAUUUAGCAAUCUUGCUAAGGAACAUGCCGUCACACCUUGUAAAAGAGUUUCAAAUGAUUUGGAAAUUGGAUGAAAAAUGAAAAAAAUUAUACAAAAAAAAAAUAGAAAAAAUAUCAGCUACUUAUAAGGAAUUUGAAAGAAAAAACUGGUUCUUUUUCCGUAAAUUUGUUAAGUUUCAAUUAUCGGUGGUUCCAUAGAAUUUCGUUUUAACAUUCUAAAAAAAUUGUGUGGGUUUCAUCAGUACGUUGAAAAAUUGUACAUCCGUUUAUCAAGUUAGAAAAUUAAUUUCGACUUGAUGUAUUAAUUGUAUUUGCAAUGCAUUGCCUUAUGCUUUAUACCGUCUCGACUGAUGAAAAGUACCUUUAAAUUGUCAAAGAAUUUAUCGGGGUACAACUGUAGAAAGAAAAUGAGCGUUUUUCGUUGUACUUUCUAUGUAAUGCUGUUAUCCAAAGUUAAAAUUUUUGAAUUGAUAAGUAAAACAUAUUAUUUAUGGGAACAAAAGAAUUUGCGAUUUUCGAGCUCAUACUGAAAGUCGAGCUCGUAGUUCGCAAACAUGAUUCAAAUUCCAACCCAACUUGAAAAUAAAUUUUAAACAAUAAACGUCUAGGGUGGUUCUAAAUUCAACAAGAAGUAUGUGUUUACACGAAUGAGUGUAAAGAAAUUUUGGCGAAAAAUUCUAAACUUAUAGAAAGCCUGCGUAUCUCUUAACUUACAUAUUAUAAAAAAUGAAACUUCGACUUUAAAAUUUGUAAAACAAAAAAAUGCUUUUUUCAGAAAAAUUUGUAUAAGAAUGUCACGACUUUCUUAUUUUUGAUUGUGGAGUAGCAUUUUUUACUUGACGCAGAUUAGUGAAUUCAUUAAUCAUAUUGCACUGCGCUUUUGUUUCGAAAGUAAAAGAAAAACUUGGUUGAAAUAAUGUACCUGGACACAAAAUUUUUCGAUGUUUCUGACUUUAUAAGUUGCUUGUUAAUUUUCAAAUUUAAAAAGGCGAACUCGAGCAGAUUUUCUGCAAAUUAUAACACUUGAAACUCUCAGACGAAAAACUUUAAACAAUCAAAUUGUUAAAAAAUUGUACAACUUUUAUUUUUAUUGGAGUGUUUUUGUUCGAGUUUGUCUAAUAUGAACGCAUGUUGAAAUGAACAUUUUUGUCACUUAUAAGUAAAGACAGAGAUAAAAAGGCUUUCCUUCCUCAAUAAAACAAACAAUUUGAACAUCUUAAA